UUACGGCGCAGUUGUUGGUUUUUUUUUUUUUUUUAUAUCGUUUUUAUUUUUCCCCGUACCACUUUGACUCGAAGCGCACCAGCCGAACGUAUUAUUACAAUUACAAUAUAUAACUUUUUUUUUCUUACAGUUGACUGCCGUCAAAUUUGUUUUUAUCGUUUUUGAGUUAGCUUUUGCUAUCGUGCACGAGUAUCGCGUUUGUUCAAUACCAGCGGUGCUCCCAAAGUAACCGUACCGAGCAGACAUAAUUCUGAAAAGUAACCUUUGGGUCUACUCAAACGCAAUUCUUCGCAUCCGCGCCGUUUUCCGGAAAAUAGUCGGACCAUGUCCGACGGUGAAGGUUCGGCACAGACAGCCACUGUAGAGACGGGUGGUCAAUCAGACAACAUAACGGCAGCCAUGGAUGGACAGCAGCAGCAGCAGCAACAACAGCAAAACGUGUCGAUCACUAAAGACGACGGCGAACCUAACCCGAAAAAAGCCAAGCUUUCCGGUAGUGGUGGCGAUGUGUUUGGUCGAGGUGGCGGUGGCGGUGACAAGCAGCACGCCACUUCGGAAAAACUGGAGCAAAGGCUUGGAGGCAUACUGUGCUGCGCCGUGUGCUUGGACUUGCCCAGGUCGUCCAUCUAUCAGUGUACAAAUGGGCAUUUAAUGUGUGCUGGAUGCUUUGCUCAUUUGUUGGCUGAUGCACGUUUACGAGAUGAAAUGGCCACAUGUCCAAAUUGUCGUGUGGACAUAGCUAAAAAUACAGCUACACGUAACUUGGCUGUUGAGAAAGCAGUUAGUGAACUUCCAUCGGAGUGUCAAUUUUGCGCCAAAGAAUUCCCACGUAACACAUUACAACAUCAUGAACAACAGCUUUGUGCAGAACGACCAGUAAAAUGUGGAUACAGUAAAAUUGGCUGUCCUUGGCGUGGACCCAGUCAUGAAGCUUCUGAACACGAAAAAGUGUGUCCUCACCCAUCAGCUACUGGAAAAGAUGUUAUGUCCGCACUUGAUGCUAUGGACCAAAAGUUUCAGGAAGAGAAACUUUUAUAUGACACUAUAUUUGAUUUGAUGAGUUUUGAAAAGAUAACAUUUAAUGAUUUGCAAUUAAAACCAUACAGAACAGAAGAAUUUGUACACAAAUUGUACUAUGAGACUGCCCGAUUUUCAGCUUUCAAUUUUCAGUGGGUUGUCAAAACCCGCAUCAAUAACAUGCAAAGAGACCCAGCAUUGAGUGUUGAUCGUCACAUGUCAUACCAGCUGAUUCUGAAAACCAAAAUCCCCACACCUAUGUCUGUCCAUUAUCUAGUAGUUAAAGGACCAUUUGGUGAUAUGAAGGUGAAUCCGAAAAUUUAUAAGUUUGAAUUCAACGAGAAUGAAACAGAAACACAAUUUGUAACAUUGCCAUUACCAGAUUCAGCCGAAUGUAAUCGGCUGUUAGCUGCCAAAACUAUCAACUUGAGGUUGAUCAUGUUUUUGGUGUCAAAAUAAUCACAAAAUCAAUACUUAUAUGUAUAUAAAUAAAGUAAUAUUUAAUCAU